CGGCCUCUCCGCUUUUUUUCAGGCACGUCUCGGCAGCAAACUUUCGUGCACAAGCAAGCAUGGUUCGCCUGGCAUUACUCUCCGCAGCACUCUCGGCCGCUGUGGCAGCAGCCGAGCCCAAAGUAACGAACAAGGUGCGAGAUCCAGUGCCAGACAGCCGUGACCUUCCAGCUGUCCCGCGACCGUCCGACGCGCGAGAGGCAAAACUGCACGCAAAACGCAGGUCUUCUUCGACAUCUCGAUCGGCGGCGCGCCGGCCGGCCGCGUCGUCAUGGGCCUCUACGGCGACGUCGUGCCAAAGACGGUGGAGAACUUCCGCGCGCUCUGCACGGGCGAGAAGGGCGUGGGCAAGAGCGGCAAGCCGCUCCACUACAAGGGCUCCAAGUUCCACCGCGUCAUCCCGAACUUCAUGCUCCAGGGCGGCGACUUCACGCGGGGCGACGGCACGGGCGGCGAGUCGAUUUAUGGAGAGAAGUUCGCCGACGAGAACUUCGAGCUCAAGCACACGGGCGCCGGCGUCUUAUCGAUGGCGAACGCGGGCCCCGGCACGAACGGGUCGCAGUUCUUCAUCUGCACGGUGAAAACCGCCUGGCUCGACGGGCGCCACGUCGUCUUCGGGGGCGUCCUCGAGGGCAUGGACGUCGUCAAGGCCGUCGAGAAGGUCGGCUCCGGCGGCGGCAAGACGACGAAGACGGUCGAGAUCACGGACUCGGGCGAGCUCGAGCUGUAGGGGGGGUCCCCGGGAUGCUAAGAUUUAACAUUUCAA